AACUCUGUGACGUUUUGUGAUGCGCUAAAUAUAUGAAAGAUGUUACAAAAAAUUUGGUUAUAAAUAAAAAAUUAUGCCACUAAUCCAAAAAAAGAAGAAGAAGAGAUAACCAGCCUCCUCACACUUCAGCAACUCUAUGACGUUUUGGUUAGCUUUAUUAUUACAGCCUCCUCACACGGGAUGGGCUCUUACUCUGCAUAAAUAGAAAUUUUAAUGCUAUUGAAGUUGAGUUAGAUGCUAAAUCGAUUAUUGAUGUUUUGUCUACUUCAAAUUGCUCUAAUAGUUUGGCUUCCCCUAUGGUGGAUGAUUGUAGGCUACUAGCUACCCAAAUUCACCAGAUUCGGUUUAACACAUUGCUUUCGAAAAGAAAACAGGACUGCUGACAAGCUGACCAGGAUAGGAGUUGCCCAAGAAAAUCAGUUUAAUCUUUUUAGUUGUCCACCUGUGGAUGUUGUUGAUGUUUUCUUAGCUGAGUUUACUGGUUUGUAUUUAAACGGGAAGUGUCCUAAGACUAAGUUUGUUCCUUAGUUUUCUUAAUGGAACCCUCUUUUACCAAAAAAAUGAAAAAGAAAAAAAAAAGAAAGCUGAAUUUUUCAUGUCAAUAUCUUGGGGUUCUUUUCGCUCUCUUGCCAUGCACAUAAGCUGAAAUUAUCAUGUCAUGUGAAUUUAUUGAGCUUUCUUGAUGAUUCAUAUAAAGUUCAGAGUCAAAUCCACCACUUGCCCACAUAAGUAAUGAGAAAGGCUAGUGACACAUCUUUCAAUGCAUAUUGAAAAAUCUUAAGAGUUUUCAAGCAUGUUCUCAUUGAAAUCCUUAGGUAGUCUUCUCUUUGGCGUUAAUAUGAGUUAGAAACACCUAUUGAGCCUAGGGGUGGCUAGAGUUUUCAACUUGAGAGAAAGAGAGAGAGAAAUUUUUUCAAUAACGCCCACUUGAAACUUUAAGACCCAAAUGCGCUUUGAAACUUUAGGAACCAAAUGGGUUUAAGACAAACUUUAGGAAGCAACAAUGUAUUUUUGCCUGUAUAUUAAAAUUACCAAACCACUCUUUUAUGAAGCUCAGACUCUCUCAACCUCUCGAACUCUCACAAACUCACUCUCAAACUAAUAGCAACAGUAGCAUUGACAUCGUUGUAUUUUUCUCUCUCUCUCUGUGUUUCAUUUCAAAAAAAAAAAAAAAAAAAAAAAAACCAAACAAAACCAAAAGCCCAUCGAUCUCUCGCAAUCUCUCUAGUUUUGGAGAUGAAGAAUUUGGAAGUGAGGAGUUCACAACGCGUCUGAGUCGCGGUUAGUAUCAGGCCAGAUGACAGUACAGAUUGCAUUUCAGUGGUUCAUGGUGAACCUCUGCCUCAGGUGCAAAUUGGUUUGGAGUCCUUCACCUUCGAUUAUGUUUAUGGUGGUAGUACUAGCUUGCCUGCUUCUACAUUAUACGAUGAUUGUGUUUCUCCUCUUGUGGAUGCUCUAUUCCGUGGUUAUAAUGCCACUGUUAUUGCAUAUGGCCAGAUGGGAUCGGGGAAGACGUACACCAUGGGGAUUAACUGUUCAGGGGAGGGAAGUAAUGUAGGAGUCAUACCUAAAGUAAUGGAAGACAUAUUCCAAAGAGUCAAAGUGAGGAAAGAUUCAAUAGAAUUUGUGAUUAGAGUCUCAUUUAUUGGGGUACUCAAGGAUGAAGUGUAUGAUUUACUAGUUCCAAAUUUGCAUCCAAGGGAUCCCAUACAAAUUAGAGAAAUCAAUGGAGUUGAAGUGGACCAAUAAGUAGAAGUAGCUGAGAGUGAGAAAUGUCAGGCCAAGAGAAGCAUCUUGAGGACUGCUCAGUCUCCAACGCUCUGGGCACAUGGGUAUUUUCAGUAGCAGGGGCUUUGCUAGCAAUUCCAGUGGGUAUAAAACGGAAAUCUCUAGCACCCCUUGUGUUCUUCGGCACAACUGGUACGAUGCUUGAUAUUAUCAUGGGAAUCACUGCCUGCGAAAGAGAACAUGCAGAACGCCAGAUGCAGCUGUUAGAAGCUCAAAAUUCUGCAGCUGAUGCUUCUCUUGCUGAGACUGGAGCAGAGUCUUGAUGUCAAGCUUAUAGUCAGAUGCCUCAUGUUUGGAAGCUUUCAGUUUGUUUCAACUUGCUUUGCUGUAAAAGAUGAAUAUUUCUUUGAUAAGUGAAAAAAAUUUCUUUUCCUA